AUGCAAGAAAUUGACGAUUAUUGUUAAACUCAAAUUAAAUUGGAAAAUAGCAUAAAUUAAAAUACUGGUGUUGCAGAAGAAUAAUAAUAUAAUAUUCUAGAUGCAUUGAAAAGAUCAAUAAAUUUUAGAAAACAAAAUAGUGAAGAAUACAAAGAAAAUACAAUUUAAAAAGAAGGAGAGAAAACUCAAAGUCAAAAUUCCAUAUAUGAACUAAGUAGUUGCUCAGAUUCUGAUGAUUCAGACAGUGAUGAAGAGAUUUCAGAUGAUUCAGAUGAUUUGGAUCCUUAAUAAAAAUAGAGUAUGAAAGAUUCUUUGUUUGGCUUUUAGAUGAGAGAUAAAAAGUCAUCAAAAUGCCAGUAUGAUAAGGGUGGGGAAAGUUUAGACGAUAAUUUCCCCAUGCCAAAUAAUAUGGAUGGAGGGGGUAACUCAAGCGAUGACGAGGGAAGUGAAAAUAAUUCUAGUAAGAAGUUCUAAAGACAAAUACUGGAGGAUGAUCUAGAUGACUGUCCUCCAGAUGAAAUGAUAGUGACAGGGGCGAAUGGAUAGCUAAUGAAAAUGAUCACAACUGUGAGUGGCUAGAUACCUCUAGAUUUCAAUAACACCAAGAUUAUCAGAGAUGGAAAGAAACUAUGCUACUGA